UCAAAUUGAGAAAGGAAUAUAAGGAAUGUUCUUCACUUUCUCACUCUAAAACCCUCACUAAACCCUUCCUUCCUUCUAAUUCCCGCCAUUUCUCUAUCUUCCACAACACUCUUUGCAGAAUUGCAGUAACCAAACCACUGUCUUCUUCUUCCUCCUUCUCUCAAUCGCCAUUGAUGCAACCAUGGCGACGGUUAGUUCAAGAGACAUACAUGAGAUCGUCUCCAAACUAUCUUCGGAUAAAGCAAAAAUUCGAGAAGAGGGAAUGAAAUUGUUGAAUACAUGGUUAGGAGGCGAAAGGUCCAUUAAUUUCUGUCGAAUUCUCAGUCGUAAGACUGCGAUGCUUAGACCAGAUGAAAUUCCUGGCCCUGAAACUUGGCCGUUUCUUGUUACUUUGCUGAUUGAUUGUAUAAACAAGGAGAUAUUGGCGAGUAAGAGGCGAUUGCCGAAGUUGAUGUUUGCUAAAACUCUUCGGAUUGUUGUGCAACGGGCACAGGAUAGUAAGAGUUAUGGAAACAAUCUUCCACUUAUUGCAGCUGUGAAGUCUCUCUAUAAUCACAUUUGGGAUGUUUUAAAAGAUGUUCCAAGCUUUCACUCUGAAUACUCUAUUAUCCUGCGGCAUAUUCUGGCAGUACAUGAUUAUUGUUUUCACAUGAGAAAUCGUGUCUAUUCUGGGCUUGUGCGUCUGUACAUGGAAAAAGUUGAACCAAGUGUAAUGGAGGAGGAUUAUUGUCAUUCCAAUAAUCCCAAAGAAGAAGUCUUCCGUUGUAUCUUGACACUGCAUUCUCUAAUUGAAAAUCCUCCCGGUGAUUUUCCUGAUCAUCUAAGAGAAAAAGUAGUUGAGUUCUUUAUUGAGAUCUUUAAAUCAAUGAGGGAGGUUGGGAGGGUUUCACGCAAGCUAAUUGAGUGUCUGAAUUCGUAUUUGUUAAAAGAUGGUCCAAAUCUAGGCCGUCAGUCCCUGGAUGUUCAUAAAUCUGUGAAGCGGUUUGUAUUUGAUAAUUGGCAUAUUGCUGAUCGUGAUCUCAAGGAUGGUUUUAUUUUGUACAUGAAGUUACAGCUACAUUUGAUGAGAGUUAAUGAAGAUGAAGAAGAUAAAGAUAAAGAUGGCAUCCCUUUAGUAGAACAACUUUUAGAGCUACUCAGUAAGGAGCUAGAUCAAUACAGUAUCCCCAGCGUUUCUGCAUCACGGUCUGACACAUCAAAAGAUGAAAAGUUCGGAAUGUUAGCUAGCUCUCAUCGCAGUCUACUGGAGCUAGCAGCACUUGUUUUCUACCGGGCAUGUGUUGGUGUAAUUAAAAGACCAGUGGCUGAAAAACGAGCAAGGAGGGAAAAUGCUGCAGCCUACUUGCAAGAACAGUUGACAAGAGGAAAAUGGCUGUGGCAUGCUGUCUUUUGUCAUCUAUGCCACAGCCACCAAUCUCGCUUACCUAAGGAACUUUUAGCAUAUUGGUUUGAUGGCAUAUGCUCCAGUUUGGAGAGAAUCCUGUCUGAUGCUAAUGUGGAGCAUUCUUAUGACGGUCUGCUGUGGACACUACGGAGCUUACAUCACCUCUCAAUUGUGCUUCUGCCCCUAGUGUCUGUGGAGAAGGACCCGCUGGAGUCGUCUUCAAUCUCAAACAAGAUUUUCCGAGGUUGGCAAACAGUUUGGAGCUGCCUUGUUCAUGGUUUCCCAAAGCUCAGCAGCAUCACUUCUGUUGCAGACGCUGCGUUCAGACUGCUUGGAUAUUUGGUCUCACAUGUGUGUCUGCAUUCAUAUUACCUUAUACUUUUGAGAGAUAUGCUGAAUAUGACAGAAGUACCGCAGGAUGUUUGGGACCUCCAAUGCUUCAGAUGUAUCUCAUCUCCGUCUGCUCUGUACUUCAUUUCUUGUUAUUUCUCCAGAAAAGGUUCUCAAGGUGAUCUACGUGACAACUUAUAUCUCAGACAAAAUAUUUUGAGAGGAGUUAUGAGUAUUAUCAACACAAGGGAGACUCUCAUUUUGGAUGAGCAUGUGGUUAUAUUAUUGCCAGCAGCACUGUAUGCAAUAUGUGUGGGAGUUUCUAUAAUCAAGGAUCAUUGUGGAGGGUUUUCAUCUUAUUGUGAUGAUGAAGCUGCUGGAAAGGAAGUUGACUGGCUUAGAGUAAUCUAUGGAGAUCAACAAAAGCAUGAGGAAUCUGAUGAAUAUUUUGAUUGUUUUGUCCAUACCCUUGCAGAAAUCAAUUUUGAUCAACAGGACAAGGUGCUAUUAUCUUGUAACUCUCGAGGUGUACGCCUCCCACGUCAGCUAAGAGAUCCAUUGACGAACGAGAUGGAGAACUGCAUUCUUUAUGAUUUGCUGGAUAAAAAGACAGAAAAGAAUCUGUCUGACAUCUUUCUUCGUUGUUCGCUAUUGUCUAAUAUCCUUUAUGGCUCUGUUUUAACAAGACAAAAAGAUGAGAUAUCCCCUUUCCGUGCAAAACUUGGCAACUGCCUGUCAGGUCUGAUUGAAUCAGCUGUUGAAAUAGUUCAAGGAUCAGUAAAGGAUGUCAAAACUCAUAGUUUCUGGAGUUCAAAUCCCAGUCUUGAUGGAACUUCUUCUGUUGUCUGCUUCAAGAGCUUUCUCAGCUGCCCAAUUUUCAGCGAUGUUGGAAAAGAAAUUGCAGUUGAUCCUGUAUUCCGUAGUUCAUUUGUUCUUUGUAUCGAAAGGCUUUUAAAGGCCUUUUCUAAUUUGUACCUAGAAUUUUCUAUUGGUGACCAAAACCUACAAAGUGAGACUAUCUCCCCGGAGGUUUCCAGUUUUAGCUCCUCUGGUGAUAAACCCUUCUCGUUGGAGGGAAGCAAAAGCAGGCUAAUAGACAUGGAGUUGGAUGUGGCUGAUGAGUCUAGUGAUGUUAUUGAUGGGACAACUGGGGCUGGAAAUUUUCUUACUGGAUCAAAGUUGAAAGUGGACACAUUAUCGUUAAUGGCUAGUUGUUUCUCAGUUUUGCCUAUGGCUACAUGGGACAUUUUGUUUGAAAUUCUAAGCUCCGAAAGAGAUUCCAAGGUAUGUGAAAGGAUUUUGUACAGCCUUUGCCAGAGUCCUCACUGGUCUUCUUUGGCGAAGCUAACUAACUUGGUUGCCUUGGUGGAUGAAAUUCUUGAGCUGAAACUGAGCCUGAGGCUUCCUUGCGUUGAUGUCCUAACUACAAUAUGUUGCUUAUUAGCAACCUUGCUAUACUGGCGUUGCAAUGGGAAAGAUGAAGAUGGAUUUCAGUCUAUGAAGGAAAGAUUUGAUGAGAAGAGCUUGUUGCCACUUGGAGAUUUGUUGAUCAAAGUUGCCGAGUCUAAUUUGCUUGAUUGGUUUGGACGUCGAAAGCUGGUUGAUUGCAUUUGUGAUUUUAUUCGUCUAAAUCCUUUGAUUGGUCAGACUAUGAUCCAAAGGUUGUUUAUAUUGCUGAAGGAUCCUGAUUAUCGAGUGAGAUUUAUAUUGGCUAGAAGAAUUGGUAUUCUUUUCCUCACAUGGGAUGGUCAUGAUGUGCUUUUUCAGGAUAUCUGCUCCAACUUUGGUCCGAAAUUGAUUAUGUGUUCAAAAGAGAAAGUUGUUACUGAAAAGGAGGUUUGGCCUGAUGAUUAUGCUUCUCAUCCUAUUAUGGAAACCAUUGUCAUUACUCUCAUGCAUGCUGCCUUUCAUAGUGAGAAAGUAGAAUCAGAGGCAAUUUUCAUGAUAUGUGUGAUUUCUGCAAUUGGUUGUUGUCAAAGGCAAUUGGUCAAAACAGUGUUAGAUAAUCUUGCAAGAAAGCUACAUUAUGCAUGUCGGUCAAAGUACCUGGAAGAACUUAUGGGUCCUAUCUUAUUUAGCUGGGUUGCCUGUGGCAUGAGCUUAUUUGCAUUUGUACAGAUAAUGGAUCUUUUUGGUUUAGAUGUUGAGCAAAAUCAUUUUCUACUUUUUUGUUGUCCGUGGCUUCUACCUGCCCUUGUCUUGCAUGGUGAUAGCGCCAACCUACAAUGUUUAGCUGAGCUUACCAGGCAAUCUGUACCUGUAUUGGUUAGGAGUCACUUUGUCCCAGUCUUUUCUAUCUGUAUGGUGUUGUAUUGUAGCAAAAUGGCUGGCUGGGAAAAGGGGUCAGCUGCACUUCAGAGCAAAAUUCUGCACUUUGCUGAGAUUUCUGAGGAUGAGAGAGACAUGCUAAUAAAGAAACACAUGGUUACUAUAGUUUGUCAAAUCCUCAGUCUUGCUUCCUCUGCAUCAGACACUAUGGUUCCUCUGUUUUCCAGAAAGAUUGUUGAACUUGCAGUACGGACAGUAGUUGAUGGUUUUAUGGAGCUUGACAAUCAUUCUUCAAUUGAGGGAGUUGUUGAUAAGAUUAAUGUUUUUCGUCCUGAUAGAGUAUUCAUGCUUUUGGUAGAGUUGCAUUACAAAGUAACUGCAGCAGUUCAUGAAAGGCAUAGGUCACACCGUUUAGCUGGAAUCGAGGUGCUUAUUAGUAUCCUUGGCCAUAGAGUAGCAGUUCCGAGCACAUCAUGUUACCUGUUUAAUUUGGUGGGUCAAUUAAUCAGUUCUCCAGCUUUACAAGAUCAAUGUUGUCAUAUGAUUUCCAUUUUGCUCAAAAUGUUUAAGACUAAUCCCUCCAGAGAGACUACUCACAUUCUUGGUGAACAGCUGCAGUUUCUGGUGUCAAAGUUGGUUGCCUGUUGCAUACCCUUGGGGUCUAAUACAGAUAAUUCUUGUACUCCUUCAUCCCAAGUUUUGUCGUUGCUUCACCUUCUGACAGUGGAUUCUGAUCCAUCUCUGCAUGAUUACAUUAGAGAAUUUGAACCAUUCCCCGAGCUAGAGAUCUUUGACAGGAUUAGGAUUUUCCAUCUCGAAUUAUGCAAAGAUUACUCACCAAGAGAUCACUUUUUGAAGUUUGUUAAGAGAUCUUGCCAUCUUCCGCCUAGAUUACUUCUAUGGAGUCUCCAAGCAUUUCACAGGAAGCUACUAGGUGGGGAGAGUUUCUGCGUCGAGGAGAUUGCUGGAAGUAAAUCUAUAGAUAAUUGUUGGCAAUCUGACCUAGAGAUUGUACAAGCUGUCUGGUCCCUUGUUCGGAUAUGCGGUUCACAGGAUGCAGAUGCUCGGGCAUUGGUGUCCGAUCUGAUUUCUAAGGUUGGAAUUGGGGAUCCACGUUCGGUAGUUUUCCAUCUACCUGGUAACUUACGCCAUGUACAUGUUUGUGGAGCAUCUGAUGGAAACUAUGCCACUGUAAUGAAUUUUGAGUUGGAUGCUGUCACAUCUGAAGAACUGUUGAUUGCCCUAAUAAGGAAUUUGAAGAAAUAUUUGAUGGAUGAUUCAGUGAAAAUAGUUGAUUUAUCAUCUAGAACUCUCCGUGGUUUACUGUCGACAGAAAGAGGCAAUAGAAUUUUAGGAUCUUUUGAGUCUUAUGAAAGGUCUCUUAUUGAGGUUCAUUCAAAGGGAUUCAAUAUGCAGCUGGUAGAAAGCAUAUUAUUGGAUCUGCAAAAGAAGUUUACUGCUGAAGGAAGAUCGUUAGAAGAGUCAUCACUAUGGAAAACAAGUGACAAAAUGUUUGAAUCCUGGAUAUGUCCACUUGUUUACUCACUUAUUGGUCACUGCAGUGAUAUCACCCUUAGGUUAUGUCAAGAUAUUGUGUUGCUGAAGGCUGAAAUUGCUGAACUUUUACUGCCAAGUAUCAUGAUCAAUCUGGCUGGAAGAAAGGAUUUGGCAACUGAUUUCUGCCAUCUUAUCUCUGUCAAGGUAGAGCAGCAUAUACUUGUUGAGACGAAUAACCUGACCAAGUCUAUUCAGGUGAUGUUGGAAGUAUUAAAUGAAUUACGACUGUGUCAUGUUAUGGAGAGAGCCAGUACAGGUUCAAUAUCUAAUAAACAAGAAAGUUCAAAGGCUUCUCGGUCUUCUUCUGCACAGGGUGCAAAAUCGCGGGCAUCUAUGAAGGCCCAAGGAUCAUCCACUGCAUUGUGGCACAAGGUAUACUGGCUCAAUGUUGAUUACCUUACCGUGGCGAAGUUAGCAAUUCUCUGUGGGUCUUACUUUACCGCUAUGCUGUAUGUUGAGCACUGGUGUGAAGACCACUUCAAGAACCUUACACUUGGAAAGCCUGACUUUUCCCAUGUUGAAACAUUGCCCAAACAUAUUGAAUUACUUCUCUCAGCUCUCACACAGAUAAAUGAACCUGAUGGUUUAUAUGGAAUUAUUCAAUCCCACAAGCUGACCUCUCAAAUUCUGACCUUCGAACAUGAGGGCAACUGGAGCAAGGCUCUCAAAUAUUAUGAUUUACAAGUGAGGUUAGAUUCGUUGGAGAAUUAUCCAAAGUACUCAACUGAUGAAAGCUGUCGGGCAACUUCUAGUGUGUCUUUAUCGGAAGCAGAAUUAGGGGUGAAGCAAAGAAAGCCAUACAAAGGGGUCAUUAAAUCUCUGCAACAAAUUGGGUGUGCCCAUACACUUGAUUUGUAUUGUCAAGGGUUGGCUUCUUGUAGAGGGGAGUUCCAACAUGAUUUGGAGUUUGUGGAACUGCAGUAUGAGGCUGCUUGGCGUUCUGGCAACUGGGACUUCUCUAUGUUUAACAUAGGAGACACUUCAAUAGCUUCAAACCAGUUUUCUAGAAGUGACCGUUUCAAUCAAAACCUGCAUAGCUGUUUAAGGGCAUUGCAAGAAGGGGAUUCCCGUGAAUAUUAUAAAGAACUGAAGGAUUCCAAACAGGAGCUUGCAUUGUCUCUUUAUCAUGCAAGUGAGGAGAGCACAGAGUACAUCUACUCGACAAUAGUUAAACUACAGAUCCUAGAUCAUCUGGGCAUGACAUGGGAUUUGAGAUGGAGACCAAUGUGUAACAGUACAAGUUCCUGGCAAGAUAAGUGUAAUGUGCUUUCUGAACCCACUUUUCCAGUGUUGGAUGAGCUAUCAAGUCUGAAUGCACAGUGGAAGUACAUUGUGAAGCAGACACAACUGCACAUGAACUUGUUAGAGCCAUUUGUAGCAUUCAGAAAAGUCCUGCUCCAAAUUUUGGGUUGUAAGGAUUGUACAGUUCAGCAUCUUCUGCAAUCUUCAUCUGUUCUUCGCAAGGGUACUAUGUUCUCUCAAGCUGCUGCAUCUUUACAUGAAUUCAAAUUCAUGUGCAUGGAAUUGGGUGGCCAAAAUACAAGUUUGUACUGGCAUGGCAGGCUUGAAGAGGCCAAACUUCUGAGAGCACAAGGUCGGCAAGAGAUGGCUAUCAACCUUGCAAAAUAUAUUGCAGAAGAGAACCAAUCAAAUGAAGAUGCAUCAGAUGUACAUCGUUUGGUUGGCAAGUGGCUUGCAGAAACUCGAUCUAGCAACUCGAGGACAAUUUUGGAAAAGUACUUGAAGCGUGCUGUGACAUUUGCUGAGGAGCUCAAAGCUUUCAACAGGAAAUCUGUGGACAAAAAAUGCCAGGCACAUUUCCAUCUUGCACAUUAUGCAGAUGCACUAUUUAGAAGUCAUGAAGAAAGGCUGAAUUCCAGCGAAUGGCAAGCUGGUUUGCGUUUAAGGAAACACAAGAAAAUGGAAUUGGAGGCUCUCAUUAAGAGAUUCAGGAGUUCAACAAAGGGGGAGAAAACAGACUAUUCACUAAAAAUACAGGAUUUGCAAAAGCAACUUGCUUUGGACACUGAGGUUGCUGAAAAAUUACAGGAUGACAGAGAUAAAUUUUUGAACCUGGCACUUGAUGGAUAUAAAUAUUGCCUCAUCUUAGGGGAAAAAUACGAUGUCAGAGUGGUAUUCCGACUUGUUUCUAUCUGGUUUGGCCUCUCUUCUAGGCAAAAUGUUAUUAAGGCAAUGGUCAACACUGUUAAUGAGGUUCAGUCAUACAAAUUUAUACCACUUGUCUACCAGAUUGCAUCUAGGAUGGGCAGCACAAAAGAAGUUCAAGGUCCCCAUAGCUUUCAGUUUGCUUUGGCUUCACUAGUGAAGAAAAUGGCCAUUGAGCACCCAUAUCACACCUUACUGCAGCUUUUGGCUCUUGCAAAUGGUGACCGGAUAAAGGACAAACAACGCAGUAGAAACUCGUAUGUGGUUGAUGUAGAUAAAAAGGUUGCCGCAGAAAAUCUUUUGAAAGAGUUACUAUCACAUCAUGGGAACGUUAUUAGACAGAUGAAACAACUGGUGGAGAUUUAUAUUAGACUAGCCGAGUUAGAGACAAAGAGAGAGGAUACCAACAGGAAGGUUGGCCUUCCAAGAGAUAUUCGAAGUGUCCGGGAACUUGAACUUGUACCAGUGUUGACGUCCAAUGUCUCUGUUGACCGUAGUUGUCAAUAUAGUGAAGGGACGUUUCCCUACUUCAAAGGAUUGGGUGAUUCUGUUGUAGUGAUGAAUGGUAUCAAUGCUCCAAAAGUGGUUGAGUGCUAUGGUUCUGAUGGUAAAAUAUAUAGGCAAUUGGCAAAAUCUGGAAAUGAUGAUCUGAGACAAGAUGCGGUCAUGGAGCAAUUUUUUGGCUUGGUCAACACAUUUUUAUAUAAUAAUCAAGACACGUGGAAAAGAAAAUUAGGAGUACGCACAUACAAGGUUGUCCCUUUUACUCCUAGUGCGGGUAUUAUUGAGUGGGUAGAUGGUACUCUUCCCCUGGGUGAAUAUCUUAUAGGAAGCUCACGUAAUGGAGGUGCACAUGGGCGCUAUGGUGCAGGAGAUUGGCCAUUUUCUAAAUGUCGGGAGCACAUGAUGAAUGUGAAAGAUAAGCGCAAGGCAUUUCAGGAAGUGUCUGAAAAUUUCAGGCCUGUCAUGCAUUUCUUCUUUCUUGAAAGAUUUUUGCAGCCAGCUGAUUGGUUUGAGAAAAGAUUGGCUUACACUCGGAGUGUGGCAGCCAGCUCAAUGGUAGGCUACAUUGUUGGACUGGGAGAUCGACAUUCUAUGAAUAUAUUAAUUGAUCAGGCUACUGCAGAAGUUGUUCAUAUUGAUCUUGGUGUAGCUUUUGAACAGGGCUUGAUGCUUAAAACACCAGAGAGGGUACCAUUCAGGCUUACACGAGACAUCAUAGAUGGGAUGGGCGUCACCGGAGUUGAAGGUGUUUUCAGAAGAUGUUGUGAGGAAACACUUGCCGUGAUGCGAACAAAUAAAGAAGCUCUCCUGACUAUCAUUGAAGUUUUCAUUCACGAUCCUCUUUAUAAAUGGGCUCUAUCUCCACUGAAGGCACUGCAGAGGCAAAAGGAAACAGAUGAAGAUUUAGAGACUAGCUGGGAAGACUCGCAAGAUGAAUGUGAGGGGAAUAAGGAUGCUGCACGUGCACUGAUGCGUGUUAAACAAAAACUAGAUGGCUAUGAGGAUGGUGAAAUGAGAAGUGUGCAUGGACAGGUUCAACAGCUGAUACAGGAUGCGAUUGACCCAGAGAGGCUAUGCAAUAUGUUCCCUGGAUGGGGUGCAUGGAUGUGAAGAAACAAGUAACUAGCCCUCAUAAUUCUUUGUAUAGUUGGUCUUGUGCCCUCUCCCUUCUCUUUUUUUCCUCUCUGUAUAUCCUUUGUUGUGCGAAUGUGUCCAUAUUGAGGCUGUACAUGACUAUAUGUAUACCGAGGUGUUGAGUCCGAGAAUUGUACAGUGGGGCUCAUUCAGUUUUGUGUACAAAUCUUGCAUCUACGAUGUAAAUGAAUGCAUAGUAAUCAAAGUAAGUUUCUUCAAGAA